AUGGAAUCUAUCAAACACAGAUUAGCAGACCAAUUUAGAAGUGUAAUAGGAAAUUUUAUUCCAAUUAACAAUUCCAACUCAAAAUUUGAAUCUGAUGGAUUUUUAACUCCCAAGGAGUUCGUUGACUCUGGAGAUUAUUUAGUUCUUCAAUUCCCAAACUGGUUUUGGAGAAGUGCUUCUAAAGAGUAUUUAGUGGGGUGGCUUCCUAUAAACAAACAGUAUCUGCAUAUAGAUAACAUACCAUGUAGAAGAAGACUCAAAUCAUCUGGACUUUGUAUUUCAAAAGACAGUUCGGGUGGAAUAACAGAUGAUCGGGAAGACGAAUGGAUUUUUCCAACAAAAAAAAAUGAAAAAAAAACUGAUAGCUUUAGUAUUAAUGAAGAUUCCAGAUAUUACGAUAUUAGUGUAACAUAUGAUAAAUUCUUUCAAACCCCAAGAAUAUGGCUUUUCGGAUACGAUAAGGAUGGAUCCCCCUUGAGUACUGAAGAAAUGGUUGAAGACAUUAUCAAUGAAUACGCAACUAAAACGAUUACAUUAGAUCCUCAUCCAUUCACGGGAAUAUUAUGUAUCUCUAUUCAUCCUUGUAACCACUCUAAUUUGCUAAAAAAGAUGGCUAAGAACCAUCCUCCACACCUUUCUAUAGUUAUAUUGCUGAAAUUUAUUACUAGUGUUAUCCCAUCCAUUGAAUUAGAUAAUACAAUAGACAUCGAUAUCAAGUUUGAUAUAUAG